UAGUAGUGAAGCUGCGUUGAAGCGAAUCUGGCGGGUUGCCGACCUGCCUGUCAGAAGUGCUGAGUAGCGGACGUGAUGCUUUCGAGCAUUUCGGGGUGAUUUUGUUCAUUCAUGUUUUACAUCCAUAUCGGCCUAGAAGCCCAGCUCGUUCGUUUAGUUGCUCUAGCAGACGGCAGGGUCUCGUAUAUAGGGCCUUGGGUCUCGUCGGCGCGGGGCAGCUGACUGUGCGCGGCCGGCUGCGCGGUGGGGCGCUCGGGGCUCGGGAGCCGACUCCGCGACUGACCGCGAGGGGGCCGCUCAGUUCGAGAGCGGGCGGUGCACGUGGGGGUCGUGUAGGCGGAGCUCGCGUUGGCACCGGUACGAAACGAUGGCGACUUUUGUGGCUCGGGUGUUUCAAAACUGGCGUGUAUCUGCUUCACAAGCAGCUUUCAACCAGGCGAGAAAUGCAUCAGUGCUUUGUAAGAGAUUGGAGUUCAAGGAAUAUGGAGAUCCCAUGGAAGUUAUAUCAAAAGUCGAGGAAGAAAUCAGCGAUGACCUCCAGCCCAAUGAGGUGCUGGUCAAGAUGUUGGCCGCUCCGCUGAACCCUGCCGACAUCAACACCGUGCAGGGCAAGUACGCCGUGAAGCCCGACUCCUUCCCGGCCGUGCUGGGUAACGAGGGUGUUGGUGAGGUGCUGGCCUGCGGCAGCAAGGUGAAACACACGGGCGUCGGUGACUGGGUGAUCCCGUUCCUCAACCAGUUCGGCACGUGCCGCAGCCACGCCAUUGCUCCCGAGGACGAUGUUGUUAAGAUUCGGAAGACGGUGCCGCUCGUGGAGGCGGCCACCAUGUCUGUCAACCCGUGCACCGCCUUCCGCAUGCUCAACGACUUCGUGACGCUAGAUGACAACGACGUGGUGAUUCAGAACGGAGCCAACAGCGCCGUCGGCCAGGCCGUCAUUCAGAUGUGCCGUGUCUACGGGUACCGGUCAGUGAACAUUGUCCGAUCACGGGACGACCUGGACGAACUGAAGGAGUAUCUGACCGGUCUGGGAGCGAACGUGAUUCUCACAGAGGAAGAACUCAGGACCACACAGCUGUUCAAAUCGGGCGAGCUACCGCGGCCGCGGCUGGGGCUCAACUGCGUCGGUGGCGCAUCGGCGACAGAAGUGGCGCGCCAGCUGGCGCCCAGCGGCACUUUGGUCACCUAUGGCGCCAUGAGCCGGGCGCCGCUCACCGUCCCCACAGCACAGCUCAUCUUCAGCGACCUGCGGAUCCGCGGGUUCUGGAUGACGCACUGGACCCGCACCCACAGCGUGUCCAGAGCGCGGUGGGAGAUGCUGGAUGAGAUGCAGACGCUCUGCGAUCAGGGAUACUUUAAAGCCCCGCGACACGAGCUAGUCCACAUCGACGAUUGGCGAGAGGCGGUCCGACGCACCAUGCCCGGUGGAGGCCGAGUCGGCGCCAAACAGAUCCUGAUCUUCGACCGUGACCUGAAGGUGUAGCGCUGCCCCGAGCAAACCACGCGACGGCCCGCCGACCUGUGAUGCUGCCGCCCAGCGGGUGAGCCCGAACUUGAGGUUAGAUUCGUGCCCAGAGAUGGCGCCCCGUGAUACUGCUGUGCGAGUCACCGGUGCGAUUUUGGACUGAGGCGAUUCGCGAUGAAUUGGUGCUCUUGUGAGGCGCUGUCGGGAGAAGUUGUCUUUGUUUUGAAGCGUUUGGUUGGUAUUUUUCCAGCCGCAUAUUGUAUUUCGUUUUUAUAAGGUGAAUGCAGCCCGGUCAUGCGUCACUUUGAGUGUCAUGCCACCUGGCAGUUUUGAGGGAAGAUUUUGUGAAGCGGUAUGAAAUAAACGAUCCAUGCAUGUUGUAA